AAGUGGAUGCGGGUUAGUAUUCUAUGCAAUUUUUCCCAUUACGUGCAUAAGUAGCAUAUGUCAACUAUGAUUGCAGAAUAUGUCAGAUACAUCAUUGUCCUCGCUAUCUUCAGAUGAAGAGCGAAGAAGACCAAGAACAUACCACGACAGAGAAAACCUCUUCAACAAAUAUAAUGACAACGAGUUUAUGGAACGGUUUCGUUUCUCAAAAGCUACUGUCAUAGAAAUAUUAUCAAAAAUAGAACAUAAUAUUUCUCCUCAAACUCAUAGGUCAAAAUCAAUUGACGCGAUGACUCAGCUCCUGAUAACUGUUAGGUUUUAUGCAACAGGCUCUUUCCAGCAAUUGCUAGGCGACACAAUUCAAGCAGACAAAUCUACUAUAUCUAGAAUAAUCCAAAAAGUAACUCUAGAAUUGUGUAAACUGGCUGAAACAUUUAUUAAAAUGCCAUCUGAUCAAGAACUUCAAAAUGUUGUGGAGAAUUUCUAUGAACUCGCAGGAUUUCCGAGAUGUGCAGGUGCAGUUGAUUGCACUCAUAUAAAAAUUACAAGUCAGGGUGGAAGACUAGCUGAAGUAUUCCGCUGUCGAAAAGACUUUUUUUCAAUAAAUGUGCAAGUGGUCUGUGAUGCGAAAUUAAAAAUAAGGGACAUAAUUGCUCGGUGGCCUGGAAGUGUGCACGAUAGCACUAUUUUUAAUAAUUCACAUAUAUGUGCACAGCUCGAAGCUGGUCACUACGGUGGAUACUUUUUAUUGGGUGACAGUGGGUAUUUUUGUAAAAAGUAUUUGCUAACCCCGUUUGUCCGUCCAGCAACACCAAUGGAGGAAAAUUAUAACAGAGCCCAUAUCACAACCAGGAACACCAUAGAAAGGUGUUUUGGUGUCUGGAAAAGGCGUUUUCCCUGUUUACAAAAAGGUAUUACAUUAAGAAAAACAACAACAAUUUUGAAUGUAAUUGUGGCAACAGCAGUACUACACAACAUUGCGAUAGAGAUGAAAGAUGAACAGCCCCCCCAAGAUCUAAGUGUAGACUUUGAUCUAGAAGAAGCCUCAUUAGAAGAAUUGCACAGUGCAUUUCAAUAUGGCGAGGACACUUCUGUGAGAACCACUUUAGUAAAUACUGUGUUUUCCGGAUGAAAUAUUUAAUUUUAAUAACCAGCACAAGAGGCUACCAUUUGACUGCAAUCAAACUUGCUGAAAGGUCUGAAGCAGCCUAAGGUGGAGCACGUUUGCCUAGAAGAUGCCUGUUCACUCUUGAUUUGAAGAUACUGAAUCUCACAAGGUGGGUUACUGUCAAGGCUUCAAGCAAUAUAUAUUGUUUUGAACUGAAUAAUAUUGCUUUGAACAUUGAUAAUAACCAACCUGUUAGGGUUAUAGCAGUCAUAUUAAACUUUAACUAAUUAUUUAAUAUUUAGAACAGGAUGUAACUAUGUUUGAUUUGGUUAAAUAAAAUAUUAUUAUGGCUGUAAAA